UUCAACCAUUUCCACGCUCUGGAAGAGGAGACCGCCGCUCUGAAAACGGAGCUUCAGAAGCUGCAGACAGAAAUCCUGGAGCGAGACCAAAUGAGAGAAGAGUUCCCCGCCAUGGUUGAAGAACAAUACCGUUUGGAGGAACUCAAGAAAGAGCUGCAGGCAGAGCUGUCCCAGCUGAGAGAGCAGCCCAACGACGCCAUCCAGCUCCGCAUGCUGCACCAGAGACUCAGCCUGGAGCUGAUGCAGCUCAGAAAAGAGACCAAAGACCUGCAGAGGAGACGGGAAGGAGUCCAACGCUCCUUUCAGGGUGUGGAGGAGAUGCAAUCUGCAUGUCAGCAUCUCCGAGCAAAGACCAGGGAGGCGUUCCAGAUCAACUCUGACCUCACAGAGGAAAUCACCAGACUGGAAAAUGAAAUCUCACAGCUGAAAAUUCAAGAAGCUAGAGGUCAGGAGUGGACUGAAGAGUACAACAAGCAAAAGGCUGAAGCAGAUGUUCUUCAGCUGGACUACCAAGAACUCCAGAAAACCAAGGAGCAGCUGACAAAGUCCAUCAAGAACAUGAAAGCUCUGCAGUCUGCAUGUCAGAAACAUCAAGCCAAAAACAGGAAGGCGGUCCAGAUCAACUCUGACCUCUCAGAGGAAAUCUCCAGACUGGAACAGGAAGUCAGUCAUCAUUUGGAUUUGGAGGACAGAGUCUGUGCCGCCAGAGAGGAAAGUGAGAGGAUGGAGAAGGAAACUGUCAUCCUUCAAGGAAAAAUCCAAGACCUGCACCUCCAGAUGCAGCAGUUCCAGCAGCAAACGGAGGUUCUGCAGCAGGAACGUCAGACGCUGCAGAACCGACGCCACCAAAGAGACCAGAUGAGGGAGGAGUACUCCAGAAUGCUGGAGGACAUCUGCUGCCUGCAGGACCAGCAGGCAGGUCUGGACACGGAAAUCUCACGCCUGAAAGUGGAAGAGAUUGAAGCUCAGGAGUGGAUGGAAGAGUUCAAGAAGCAAAAGGCUGCAGCAGAUGUUCUUCAGCUGGAGAACCAGGACCUCCAGAAAACCAAGGAGGACCUGACAGAGUCCAUCAGGAAGAUCCUCACAGACCAGGAGGAAACAAGCCUCCAGGAGCCUUCAUCCUCCUCUUCAUCAGGCAUCCAAAAUGAUGAGGAGGUCAGUUCUGAUGAAGAGCUCCAGAAGACUUCAGAUGAUGAAGAGCUCCAGAAUCUCUCAGAUGAUGAAGAGUCUGUGAAUUCCAUUAAAGGAACAGACUCCAUCAAAGAAAUGAAGGUUUCUGUCUCUUCACUGACUGAGGAAGAUCAAGAGAAACAUGUAGGGGAUGAGGAAUGUGAGGAAGAGGAGGAUGAGAAUGUCAGUUCUGAUGAAGAGCUCCAGAAUACUUCAGAGGAUGAGGAAUAUGAGGGAGAGUGUGAGGAGGAAUAUGAAGGGGAUGAGGUAGAAUAUGAGGACAUCAGCUCUGAUGAAGAGCUCCAGAAUCCUUCAGAUGUUGAAGAGCUCCAGAAUAAAAUGGACGAUGAAGAGUCUGUGAAUUCCAUUAAAGGAACAGUCUCUAUCAAAGAAAUGAAGGUUUCUGUCUCUUCACUGACUGAGGAAGAUCAAGAGAAACAUGGGGAAGAUGAGGAAGAAUGUGAUGAGGAUGAUGAGGAAUAUUCCGAUUUUGAUGAGGAGUUUUCCGACUUUGAUGAUCAGGUUGAGGAUCUGCUGGUUCUGUAAGGAUUUAGGUUAUAUUAUUAGAUCACUUGUAGGAAAUAAAAAUUAGAGACAUUUUUAGAUUUGUAGGAAAUAAAAAUUAGAGACAUUUUUAGAUGACUAGUAGGAAAAAAGAAAUUGGAGACAUUUACAGAAUAUUAGGAAAUAAACAUGAGGGAAAUGUACAGGGUGCAUUCAGCCUUUAAGUUUUGUUCUUUAUUCCAAACAG